AUGAAUAAACCUACAAAAAGAAGUCCUUUGCUUGAAAAUCCAGAUUUGAAGGCAACAUAUGCACUACCAGAAUUGGCUCAAUUUACAAGAAUAACGAAUACUCAAUCGACGACAAGCACAAAUCCUCCAUUAAAGCUUGUGUUGAUUGCUAUUGCUGUUUGUAUGGGAGGGUCAUUUCAUUUUGGAUUUCAAUUGGUCAUUACGAAUCCAACCCAACAAGUUUUCAUUGAUUUUGUCAAUCGUUGUCAUAUUGAACAUUAUGGAGAACAUUUGGGAAAGGAAGCGCUUGAUACUUUAUGGUCAACAAUUGUCGCUCUUCUUUUUGUUGGAGCUUUGUUUGGAUCUUUUGUUCUUCGAUUGACCGCCGAAAAAUUGGGACGCAAAAAUGGAUUGUAUCUUUCGUUUUCUCUUGGACAGAUCUCCAUUGCAAUGGCUGUUACUUCGGCAUGGAUUUCCUCUUAUGAACUGUAUAUUUUGUCGAGAAUUCUACUUGGAAUCUCAAUGACGAUGAGUCUUGGUCUUGCUGCAAUUUAUCUAGCUGAAGUUAGCCCAAAAAGAUGUCGAGGAAAAGUUGGCCUCGUCACCGGCUCGAUGAUUCAAGUUGGUACUGUGUUUGGAUCGAUUAUUGCCAUGCCAAACAUUUUUGGCACAACAAAUCUCUGGGCUUUAAUCUAUGUCGUCGAAUUUUUUUUGAUGCUUGCCUCAUUUGCUUGUCUUCCAUUUUUGCCUGAAAGCCCAUGUCUUUUGUUAUCGAAAGGGGAUGAAUGGAAUGCAAGAAGAGCAGUCCAAUUCUUUCAUUGUUGCGAUGAAACAACUGCCUUGAAAGUGAUCGACGAAAUGAGAGAAGACACAGCUCAUUCACAAAAAACAAUGGGAAUGUUAGAAGUGAUGAGAGAUCAAAAAUUGAGAAAAAGGACUUUUGUCGGAAUGGUUGUGGCAUUCGUGAUGGCUUUUUCUGGAAUUGCAGUGAUCAACGGGUAUGCUGUAGAAAUUUUGAAGCAAACGGGUCUGUCACAAAUGGAAGCCUCGAUUGCAAACGUCGGAUUCACACUUAUUUCAUUAUUUGCGGUUUAUAUAGCAGCAAAAGUGGUUGAAAGCAAUGGUCGGCGAUCUCUUCUUCUUUUUUCGAAUAUCUGUAUUCUAAUCACAAAUGUUAUCAUUGUUGCUUUGAUGUGGAUUUUUAGUACAACACAAUGGCAAUUUUUUGGUUGGAUGCUAAUCUUCGCAAUUGGAAUGUUCACAUUGUGGUUCUCAAUCGGGCCUGGUCCCCUUUGUUAUUUUGUUUCCACAGAAUUGCUGCCUUUAAAAGCUCGAUCCGCAGCUCAAGGAUGGACAGCUGCUGUACAAAUGGCUUGCCGAUCAUUCUUAUUGAUGAUUUAUCUACCUCUGAAGAAUGCCACAAGUCAAUCAUUUGCUUAUGCUUUUCUUUUUGUCAUUCCCGUUGCUCUUUCAAUUGCUUUUCUCUACUACGAAUUGCCUGAAACAAAGAAUAAAACGCCAAGCGAGGUCGAUGAAGAGGCGGCAAGAUUACCAAAACUUUGUGGAAAACUCGAUGGAUUAAAUGUGCUGUCUUCAUGUCACAACCGAUUACUUUAUAAACACCAAAUUUCCUAUAGAAGCUUCGCCUCUGAAAAAAACUCGUUUGGCGAUAAACGAAAAAUGAAUGGUUUUGAGGGAGAUAGUCAAUCAAUUGAUUGUAAUGGUACAUCGACACCAAGCAGUUAUAAUGGAAAUGGAAUGAGCCGAAAAUCAUCAGAAGCUGCUUGGAUAAAAUUGAAUGUUGGAGGACAAAUUUUCCAAACAACAAAAAUGACUUUGUGCCGUGAAGAGAGUUUUCUUUCAAAACUGAUCAGAGAUGACGGAGGGUUGACAAGUGAUAGGGACGAGAGUGGAGCGAUUCUUAUCGAUCGAGAUCCACAAUAUUUUGCCCCGAUUCUAAACUAUUUACGACAUGGGAAACUUGUCAUCAAUCCGGGAAUUUCACUGGAAGGUGUUUUACAUGAAGCUGAUUUCUAUAACCUGCCUGUCCUUUCACAUAUGGUUUUGGAGAGAAUUAAAGGCAAAAAGCUUGAAUUAUCACAGAAAAAGACGGUUUAUCGCGUACUCCAAUGUCAUGGAGAAGAAUUGACAAAUUGUAUUUCGAAUCUUUCAGACGGGUGGAAAUUAGAUCAGUUGGUUCCCGUUGCUUCCGCCCUCUAUUCGUCGGACAUCCAAAGGGAAUACCUUUGUGUUGUUUCUCAAGAAUGUAAUCAAUUGGCUGUUGAUGAAAGAGAAUCACAAGAUAGGGCAAAACUACUUCAACAACGAGCAAGAAAUAAU